AUGUCGCAAGGUAAAACGUGUCAUUUUAAGCUAGUAUUGCUAGGUGAUACAGCUGUGGGGAAAUCGUGUCUGGUUGUACGGUUUGUACGCGACGAGUUCUUUGAGUUUCAGGAGCCAACGAUUGGGGCUGCUUUCCUGACACAGACAGUUGGUCUUGAGGAUGGAUUGACUGUCAAGUUUGAGAUUUGGGAUACUGCAGGACAAGAGCGAUACCGGAGCUUAGCUCCCAUGUAUUACCGUGGUGCUGCAGCUGCUAUAGUCGUGUACGACGUGACCAACAAGGACUCGUUCACUGGUGCCAAGUCUUGGGUGAAGGAGCUGCAACGCCGCGGAGAUCCCAACGUGGUGAUUGCUCUUGCCGGCAACAAGGCAGAUCUUGAAGCUCGCCGCAAUGUGGAGUUUGAAGAGGCUCACCAGUACGCUGAAGACAAUGAUAUUCUUCACAUGGAGACGUCUGCAAAGACCGCCGUGAACGUGAAGGAUCUUUUUGUGGCGAUUGCAAAGAGACUGCCGAAGAAUCCACCUCAGCCUGAGCGCGAGGCUUUUCCCAUCACUCCACCUCAGGCUGCCAAGUCGAAGAGCGGAUGCUGCUAG